UGCAACUAAUCGAUACGCAUAUACGCGGCGAAUUCAGAUGGCGAUGCGGCGAAGUGUGGUUGCGCGAAAAAAUUUCUUGACGUCGCAAAAAUCUACAAUAACUUGCAAUAAAUGCUCUAAAACGCAGUCGAACAACACGCAAAGCAGUGACAAACGCUGAACUUACAUGGCGUAACGGUUAAUCUGUUGAAAUUCCGCAGCAGCUUCGUGCAGCGCUGUUAAAUAUAUUACCUGACGACACACACAUACAUACACACUUCGACUAAACACAUAUACACACACGCCCACCCGCUCCCCCCGCAAGCACAUCGAUGAAAUAACAUACAUAACGUAUACCGAAAAUACAUAAGCUAUAAGCUAACGCCAAACUAACGGAGCCAAAAGCAGUCGCAAACGGAGCGCUCCCAGCUAAACAGAUAAGAAAACAGACGAGCAGACGGAGACAGAUAGAAAGAGUAGCAACAACAAAAACAGUAACUGUAACAGUAACAACAUUGGCAGUGUUGUGAGCCGCAGCAAAAGAUGUCCGACAUCAUGAACAUUGACAGCAUUAUCUCGCGUCUGCUUGAAGUGCGUGGUGCACGUCCGGGCAAAAAUGUGCAACUGUCGGAGAGCGAAAUUCGCAGUUUAUGUUUGAAAUCGCGUGAAAUAUUCUUGUCACAGCCGAUUCUGUUGGAACUGGAAGCGCCGCUGAAGAUAUGCGGUGACAUACACGGACAAUACUACGAUCUGUUGCGUCUGUUCGAAUACGGCGGCUUUCCGCCGGAGUCGAACUAUCUAUUCCUCGGCGAUUAUGUGGAUCGCGGCAAGCAGUCCCUGGAGACGAUAUGCCUGCUCCUCGCAUACAAAAUCAAAUAUUCAGAGAAUUUCUUUUUGCUGCGCGGCAAUCACGAAUGCGCCAGCAUUAAUCGCAUCUACGGGUUUUACGACGAAUGCAAGCGACGUUACACCAUCAAGCUGUGGAAAACAUUCACGGAUUGCUUCAACUGUCUGCCCGUGGCCGCAAUUGUGGAUGAGAAGAUAUUUUGCUGUCACGGCGGCCUAAGUCCCGAUUUGUCCUCAAUGGAGCAGAUACGACGCAUUAUGCGGCCUACGGAUGUGCCAGAUCAGGGCCUGCUAUGCGAUCUCUUGUGGUCCGAUCCCGACAAGGAUACAAUGGGCUGGGGCGAGAAUGAUCGAGGUGUCAGCUUCACAUUUGGAGCAGAGGUUGUGGGUAAAUUUCUACAGAAGCACGAAUUCGACCUUAUAUGUCGUGCACAUCAGGUUGUUGAGGAUGGUUAUGAGUUCUUUGCCAAGCGUCAGCUGGUCACGCUCUUCUCGGCGCCCAACUAUUGCGGUGAAUUCGACAAUGCGGGUGCCAUGAUGUCCGUUGACGACACAUUAAUGUGCUCCUUUCAGAUAUUGAAACCCGCCGAUAAGCGACGAUUUGUUUAUCCAAACUUUGGAAGCUCAGGGCGUCCACUAACACCGCCCCGCGGCGCUAACAGUAAGAAUAAGAAGAAAUAAGCGACACACCAACAGCAACAACAACAACUAAAGCGAAAACAGCAACAAAAACGGCCACACAAAGGAAAACUAAUUAAAAGCGCAAAAAUGUUUGUUUUUAUCGAAUAUUUAUAAUCGAAUCGUGAGCAACGUUAUAAGGGUAUUUAAAUUCAUACAAAUUAGCCUAUUAUUCAUUUGAAAAACGAAAAGCAAAAUGCGAGAAAAAAAGGAAACAAAAAACACACACAAAUGCAUACACAUACAUACAUACAUACACAAAAAUUGAGACACUUUAGUUCAAACUAAUUGUAGUGUUAAACACUGCAUAAGCAAGAAUAUCUCUUAAUGUAUUAAUUUUAUUUUGUUAUAGUUUUUCCUUGCGCAAUGCGAACACAUAAACACACACAUAAGCGUACAGUAGGUACGAAAAGUGCACAGACACACACACACACACACCAGUUGUAUUUAUUGCAUAUUUAUCUUGCACGGCAUUUUUCGGUUCUUUGCAUAGCACAACAACCUUUAUAAAUAUCUGUUUUUUUUUUUAAUAUAGUAAAAUGGUAAAAUGUUCAUUUUUAUUAUUAUUUUAAAGUUAUAAACAUCGCUUUUUAAAAUGUGUGUGAGUUGAAUACAAAUGUAUGACGAAAGUAUGUACGUAUUUUAAGCGCAAUUUAUUUUUUUAUCUAUUUUCCAUCAUUAAAAUUCUACUAAAUGUUUACUUAGUUUUAAAGCAAAGCAAAUUUAGCUCGAAGGUACAUAAGUUUGAAUUGUUUACACCAAAAAUAUUGAAAUAAACAAAAAAUUGUGUAUAUUUUAAAAUUAAAUGCGUUGACGAUUAAAUAUGUAAAACACAAAACAUGCAUAUGGAAAAAAAAUGACAAAAGAAAAAACGACAAAAA